AUGGCUGGCUGGAUGGCUAGCUGGCUGGCUGGAUGGAUGGCUAGCUGGCUGGCUGGAUGGCUAGCUGGCUGGAUGGCUAGCUGGCUGAAUGGAUGGAUGGCUAGCUGGCUGGCUGGAUGGAUGGAUGGAUGGCUAGCUGGCUGGAUGGAUGGAUGGCUAGCUGGCUGGCUGGCUGGAUGGAUGGCUAGCUGGCUGGCUGGAUGGAUGGCUAGCUGGCUGGAUGGAUGGCUAGCUGGCUGCUUGAAUAGAAUGCAACAGCAGCAGCAGCAGGUUAUGAUCAAGUAG